AUGGGUCUGGUUGAUUCUUUGUUUGGAAAAGAUGCAAGGAAAUUUCUCAAAAGGAAAGAUAGUGAUGCUGCAGAAGCAGGAAGAGCUUUGGAAGAACUCAGAAGCACUUUAUACAAUGAGCUUAAAACAUCAGAAGGAGCUAAACGGCAACAACAGAGGUUUUGCGGCCCUGUUGUUGCAAUGUCAUUCAAUUUCGUUGUUGCAGUUGGAAUCAUCCUCGCCAAUAAAUUGGUGAUGGGAAGAGUUGGAUUCAAUUUCCCAAUCUUUCUAACAUUGAUUCACUACGCAGUUGCUUGGAUUCUUCUAGCUUUCUUCAAGUCUCUCUCUUUGCUUCCAAUGUCUCCUCCAUCAAAGACAACGCCUUUCUCCUCCCUCUUCUCUCUUGGAGCUGUCAUGGCCUUUGCUUCUGGUCUCGCUAAUACCAGUUUGAAACACAACAGCGUUGGAUUCUACCAGAUGGCUAAGAUCGCUGUGACACCAACGAUUGUCCUUGCAGAGUUUGUUCUUUUCAAGAAAACCAUUUCUUCCACAAAGGUCAUGGCAUUAGGCGUAGUAUCUCUAGGCGUGGCGAUCGCGACAGUCACCGAUCUAGAAUUCAAUUUGUUCGGUGCAUUGGUUGCUGUUGCUUGGAUCAUCCCAAGCGGCAUCAACAAAAUCCUCUGGUCUAAUCUUCAACAACAAGCUAAUUGGACUGCCCUAGCAUUGAUGUGGAAGACGACACCGUUCACUAUCUUCUUCUUAUUGGCUCUCAUGCCAUGGCUUGACCCACCUGGAGUUUUGCUGUUCCAAUGGGACUUGGCUAAUUCCUCCGCAAUUCUCGUCUCGGCUCUUCUCGGCUUUCUUCUCCAGUGGUCUGGUGCACUCGCUCUCGGGGCAACCUCAGCAACAUCUCAUGUAGUAUUAGGGCAAUUCAAGACAUGUGUGAUAUUGCUUGGAGGUUACGUUAUCUUCGGCUCCGAUCCUGGCUUUGUCAGCAUCUGCGGUGCUGUAGCGGCUCUUGCCGGUAUGUCUGUGUACACGUGGCUCAAUCUUCCGGGGAAAUCCAUCGAUCACAGCUCGAACAAGCUGCUUCCGAAGCAAAACGCCGCCGUUUCAAAACCUAAAGACGACGGUGACAACGGAGGAGGAGAAACCGGAGUAGCUGAGCCACCUCUCUCGAAGACCACAACUGCAAAUAUCGUAUAG